AUGAUGAGGCAAGAAAAUUCACAGACCUGUACCGAAAGUAUACGUGUGGAAAAACAUUCGUCCAACCGCUGUCUGACACAAGCUAUCAAAUACACAUUUUGUUUUGAUCUCUCAUGGACGGGCUUUGACUAA